AUGGCGAAAUCAAACAUGAAGCGACCAGCGGCUCUGAAGAAGAGCACGGCGAAGCCGGCGGCGAAGUCGGCGGCGAUGAAGAAGUCCCCGUCGACGGAUGAUGAGCCUCGCAAAUCACGAGUGGGGUUCAAGAAUGCGGGCACGUUGGCGGAGUCUUUGAGUCCUUUCGUUGAGAAGAGAUUCUUCACGAAUUACACCACUGAUCGUGCGAUCAAAUCUAUGGACAAGAAGAAACUUUGUUCUUCGUUGUUUCAGGGCAUCCUCAACAGCUGCAGACAGCUGAGCCCCACGUGGAACUUUCCGGAUACUGUUAUCAAGAAGGCAUUGCUAGCGAUAUUGAAGAGGGAGGACUGGAGCUACGAAGAUUUUGACAAGCAGCACUUGGCCGAGCAGAUUAAAGAGUGCGAUCGGGAUGCAUGGUCAACAACCAAUUCCUUGAGGGUCAAGGGAAAGCAGCCAGACAGGGCAGCGAAAGUGGAGGGCAAGCCUGCUGAACAGCAUGAUCUUAUGGAGGAAGAGGCUGCCGCCUUCGUCCGCAGCGAUUGGUUCCUCAAUACCUUGGAGGGCAUGAUGGGAGGAGAUCUGGGCUACCUUUCUCCGACUCCCGGUCCUCCUCGGCGACGAGCAGCCGAGACAGCGAAGCAGGAGGAAGCCUCGCCGAAGACUCCGAAGCAGACCCUCCUUAAGUUGAAACCAAUGGACCCCGACGAAGGCGACGACAAGGACGACCAGGCCGACAAGCCCAAGCCCAAGAGAGCCAAGAAAUCCAGCGACGCCCAGAAGAAGGAGAACGCCGACGCCGAGAAAAAGAAGAAGGAGAAGAACCCCAACGACACCGACGCCGAGAAGAAGGAGAAGAAGCCCGACGAUGCCGACGCCGAGAAGAAGGAGAAGAAGCCCGACGAUGCCGUCGCCGAGAAGAAGGAGAAGAAGCCCGACGAUGCCGAGAAGAAGAAGGAGAAGAAGCCCGACGACGCCGACGCCGAGAAGAAGGAGAAGAAGCACCACGACGCCGACGAGAAGAAGGAGAAGAAGCCCGACGAUUGCCACAAGAAGAAGGAGAAGAAGCCCGACGACGCCGACGCCGAGCAUGACGAGAAGAUGCCCGACGAUGCCGACAAGUCCAAGGAGGCUGCUGGCGAUAUCAAAUGGAAUCCGGAGCUGGGGAAGGCCUGCUGGCAAAAAAAAGAAGGGGUUAUCAUUUCAUCCGUUCCUUUCGUCGACAAGGAUGAUGAGGUUAAGGUCUCGUUCGGUGGCUUGUUAUGGAGUGUUCCUCAUCUCGUACCCAGUGAUCUCGAUUCCUCUAUGCCACCAAAGAAUCCCAUGCAAACCCAAACCAAAGUGAAGGCCGUGCCGAAAGCCAAACAACUGAAACCCGUGGACGAUUAUAUCUACCCGAUCAUCCGCUGCAAGUACUGCACACAAGGCUCCAAGAACCCCUUGAUCAAGAUCGAGGUACGAGAAGAUCGCCACAAUCUGCGGUCCAAGUGGGUGCAGAAGCUGCAGCUGGUUGUGAAGGACAACCUCAGUGUCCAAAAGGCAAUGCACAUUGCCAAGAGCUUCGCCGAUUCCUACGUGUACAUGAACCUCAAUCCCGAGCACGGCAUGAUGAGUGCUAUGGAUAGUCGGGAGACCCUGACCGCCGAGACCCUUGUUGAUGCCCCCCAAGAGGCUGAAGCGCCCGCCGCAGCUCCAUCGCCGAUAGCGACCGCCAGUGCAGCUCCAUCGCCGAUGACCUCCGAGUCCGAAGCCCGAGCAAUCACGAACUAUGCUUCACACUACAGGAGAGAUCCGAAAGAUGUUAGCAUCGAGAUGGUUCGGGCUUCCGCCGAAGGGGCUACGCACUGGGCGACUGUAGGUCUGGACUUGACCGCUCGCUCUCCCUUGGGCCAAAGUAUGAACCGUGCCCUAAAGCACAAGCCGGACGUGAAAGCCAUGUACGGCCUCAUGCUAGACCAGUUUAAGGGGGAGUUCAGAAGAGCCUGGGCUGUUCAAAAGGACUUCGAGUUCGUUCGUACGGUGAAAACCACGGAGAACAGCUUCAGGAAGAAGCGGGAGGAUUUGGGAACCUACAAGACCGAGCUUCAAAUCACCCAGCUGCUUGGGGGCACCGAUCAACCAGCCGCCGUUGAGCAAACCCAGAACUAUAUCAAGAUGUGCACCAGAGAAGACCUCAAGGAGUACUGUGUGUGCUUCAACUCGUGGCUGAAAGUUGACACCUACUUGUGGGUGGAGCACCUGAUCAGCACCAGCAACCACCAGGAGUGGCGAUCCACGGUCUCCGUGGAGUGCACGGAAACGAUCCCAGGGUCGUGGGCCGAGAAGGUCGAGAUCUCCAAGGCUAUCCGCUGCUUUGCCGUGGAAAACAACGCCAGACUGGUGGACGUCAAAGAGGAUGAUGUCAGGAACUCCGAGCUCGGAGUGGCCGGGUAUGCCGCUCUGUUUGACAAAACACCGGCGGCAGCGCCGAAAGCGGGAGGGGACGGUAGCAAUGCCAGAGGAGGCAAGGGUAAGAGGACCACGCCGGUGGAGGAUGCCGGUGCUGGUUUGGCGGACGGGGAGCCUGCAGCAGGGACGAAUGGUGGGGAGGAGCCCAAGGCCAAGAAGGCACGCAACGGAGCCAACGUUCUUUCCUCGAAGAAGGAAAAGGAAGUGAAAGAGCUCCUGGCACAGGAGCAAAGCUCGGACAAUACCAUGUCCGUGCUGACGGUGCAAAUGGGCAAGGGCGACGCCUCUUCAUGGGCUUGGGCAAGUGGGUUCGUGAAGAACUACAAGGAUUGCCGGAUGCAGGUGCUCCAGCUCUACGCCGAUAAUCCCUUCUUCCAAUCCAUGAAAGUGGCCGUGCUUUCCUCUAAGGAGCUGCAGAAAGUCAAGAAGGAUUACAAGGAUCUAUAUGUCCCGAAGUUGUGCGAUUUCGUGAGCAUGCUAGGCCCUAAAAUCCUUGCUAUGGCAGAGGCUAGUGCCCAAAUCCAGUUGAUGGCUGAAGCCAAGCAGAAUGCUUCCGAGUCAGCCAAAGCUACCCCUGGACCCAAAUCUAAGGCUAAGUCCAACAAGGGCCCCAAACGAGCGGCCUCGCAGGCAAGCCUUGCUUCCGCUUAG